GCUUAGCAUUAGUUAUGCGUUGUUUCUCGUUUCUUCGCAUUUUAACUCAGCUUUCCCGCGAUGCCGGAGCCAGCUAAAGCCGCGCCGAAAAAAGGCUCGAAGAAGGCGGUGACCAAAACCGCCGGGAAGGGCGGCAAGAAGCGCAGGAAGACCCGCAAAGAGAGCUACGCCAUCUACGUGUACAAAGUCCUGAAGCAGGUGCACCCAGACACGGGCAUCUCCUCCAAGGCCAUGGGCAUCAUGAACUCCUUCGUCAACGACAUUUUCGAGCGAAUCGCCGGAGAGUCUUCCCGCCUGGCUCACUACAACAAGCGCUCUACCAUCACCUCGAGGGAGAUCCAGACCGCAGUGCGCCUUCUGCUGCCCGGAGAGCUGGCCAAGCACGCCGUGUCUGAAGGCACCAAGGCAGUGACAAAGUACACCAGCUCCAAAUAGAGAAGACGACCACCACAGUGACUGACCAGCUUAACCCCAAAAGGCUCUUUUAAGAGCCGCCCACCACACUAUAAAAGAGCACAAUGUUCUGUACUGUUGUUUAAAAGAAAUUGUAUGUAAUAUAUAGUUAAUAUAAUAUAUAUGUAUGUGGUAUGUGAUUAAAUUGCUGAAUCUUA